CCUCAAUUUAGGGUUUCGUUGGCGAAACGAAGCCGAAAUUUGAAGACAAUGGCGAAGUUCAAUGUAGUUCAGAGGCAGAGACGAGCUCACAAAGCUCAGGUGAAGAGGGACGUCCAUGGCGAUCCCUUGACCAAGAAGCUCAAGAUCAAGAAACAACCUACUUAUGUAUCCAGCAAGCGCAAGCGCAAGUUGAUGAAGAAAAAACGCAGAGAAGAAAAGGAAGCUUCGCAGAUGGGUCUGACGAACAUGGAAGAUGUUGAAAUGGCUGUUGCUGAAGGACUUAAAAACACCAACCGUACGUCGACCAAGUUCCAUAUGAAGAAGAGCGUUAGGCUCAGGCAAUUAAGGAGCAAAGAAGGUAAGAAGAGUAUAGGAAAAUCUUCUUCCAGUUCAGUUUCUGCAGCAUCAGGCGAUGCUAUGGUAGUAGAAUAGGUGAUGAAAAAGUUCUUUUUUUGGUUAUAUUUUGUAACUGGAUGCCCCUACUUCUACUGUUAUAUUAUAAUGGCUCGUAUUGCUGCAAAUAUUUGUAGCUUUGAAGGAGAAGGUUCUAAUCAAAAGUUAAGAAUUGAACUGUAAAAAAUAAA